AGCAGAAGAGCCCGGUCAAGGAGUUUGGUGAUGGGUGAACAGGUUGGGCCUCCCUCCAGACCAUCUUCUCCAAAUCCUCAAGAACGUGUGCUGAAGUGUGGCUGGCUAAAGAAACAAAGGAGCAUUAUGAAGAAUUGGCAGCAGCGGUGGUUUGUGCUGCGUGGGGAUCAGCUCUUCUAUUAUAAGGAUGAAGAGGAAACUAAACCUCAGGGUUUGAUACUUCUGCAAGGCAGUCAGGUGAACGAGCUGCCACCUAAUCCGGAUGAACCAGGGAAACAUCUCUUUGAAAUUACCCCAGGUGGUGCAGGGGACCGGGAAAAGAUGCCUGUCAAUCAUGAGGCUUUCCUGCUCAUGGCUAAUUCCCAGAAUGAAAUGGAAGAUUGGGUGAAAGCCAUCCGACGGGUUAUAUGGGCUCCAUUUGGUGGAGGGAUCUUUGGACAGCGCUUGGAGGACACCGUACAGUACGAGCGGAAAUAUGGCCAGCGCUUGGCCCCACUGCUGGUGGAACAGUGUGUGGAUUUUAUUCGGGAGCGAGGUCUUACAGAGGAGGGGCUCUUUCGGAUGCCGGGACAAGCCAACCUUGUCAAAGAUCUGCAGGAUUCUUUUGAUUGUGGAGAGAAACCCCUUUUUGACAGCAACACAGAUGUUCACACUGUGGCGUCCCUCCUGAAGCUUUACCUUCGAGAGCUGCCAGAGCCUGUCAUCCCCUUUGCCAAAUAUGAAGAUUUUCUUUCUUGUGGACAGCUACUCUCAAAAGAUGAGGGAGAGGGUACCCAGGAACUGGUUAAACAGGUGAAGAAUUUGCCCCAAGCUAACUACAACCUCCUCAAAUACAUAUGCAAGUUCCUUGACGAAGUUCAGGCUCACUCCAGCAUUAACAAGAUGAGUGUCCAGAACCUGGCUACAGUAUUUGGACCAAACAUACUGCGGCCCAAAAUGGAGGAUCCGGUGACCAUGAUGGAAGGCACCUCGCUGGUUCAGCACCUGAUGACAGUGCUGAUAAGUGAACAGGGGCGGAUCUUUGCUGUUCCUCAGGGGGAUGUGCCAGGGAGCCAGCUGGAAAUCAGACCCGUGCGCCAGCGCAGCACUGUCGAGUGGAUCUCCGAGGAGGACGGGGAGGACAGCAGGUCACAGAACAGCGCUGCCAGCCCCGCUGAUUUGCCAUCUGGCAAUGCUGUGGCUCUAGAGGCCACUCCGGGACCUGCAGUGAAAAUCACUCCUCCAGAGCACAGUGGCAAAUCGACUCAGCCUGCCACGAGCCCCAGUAAAAGAGUGCAGACACUGCCUCCGUGGAAAUAUUCCUUCCGCCAGCAGGGAGCACGCUCUGUGAGUCCGAAGCUGGGCAGCUCAUCCUUAGAUAUCCCCAACCUCUCCUCCAGUGGGAACUGGUUGAUGAACGGCCUGUACUCUCUCCGAGGCCACCGCCGGACAGCUUCUGGGGAACGAGUGAAAGACUCGUGUUCCUCCCAGAGACUCUCUACUUAUGACAAUGUCCCUUCAUCCAGCCUGUCCCUCAGCACACACAGCAUGGCCAGCACCACCUGGUCUACAUCAUCCUGUGAGAUCUCCGUGAUGGACUCGGUGAGCAGCUGCCCAGCCUGCCGGGCCAGUGACUCUUCUGCUUUAAGCUCCCUAAAAACCGAGUGGGUAACUCAGGGCUCGCUGUCUCAGAGCGAGGUCAAGACAGCAGAUCUGGAGAACAGCACGGACAGGUUUGAAGCCUGCAGCAGCAGCAGCAGUGAACAGAGUGACCCAGCUGCAGCUUCCCGAGACUCUGUCCAAUGCUCCAGGGCCUUACAGAGCUUGGUGGUGGAGCUAAAGACAGAACUGAGCAAACAGAGGACUGAGUAUGAGACUAGUAUCAAAAGAAUUGAAGAAACAAGUGCAGACCUGAGGAACCAAGUGGUUAGGUUAGAAGAAGAACUGGACCAAGAACGAAAGAAAUACACAAUGCUGGAGAUAAAGCUGAGGAAUUCUGAACGCGCUCGGGAAGAUGCCGAGAAGAGAAAUUACCUCCUGCAGAAGGAAAUGGAAGAAUUUUUUUCAACAUUAGGAUGUUUAACUGUUGGGAGUCAAAGUGCUAAAGUCCCCAAGUAG